AUGAGCUCCACUCUACGCAGAGCGAAGGGGAAGAAGACGAGAUCGCAAAGCGAGUCAGAGCCCGUAGGAGCAGAGUGGGAGCAUGUCCCAGUCCCGUCUGCCCCAACAGCCUCAGAGGGGGCUGCCACGUCAUGUGAAGGUCCCACGCCCGCCCAGUAG